AUGCUCCUCGUUGCUUUGGUUCUUUUUCAAAAUGAUGCAGCUUCCUCAGGAUUAUUUUCUUGUUGGUGUUCUUCUCAGGGGACUGCAGGGAUGAGUGGGCCGCUACCGAGGCCCGGGGGUUUUAUCCCACGCCCACCGGGUAUGCCGCCGCUUCCACCCGGUUUCAAAAUACCACCGGGCAUGGCCCCACCGUCUGUGCCACCGAUGCCGCCCGGAAUGGCCCCCAUGCCGCCCCACCUGCGUGUAGGGGGACCACCGCCGCCCGGAAUCCAAACGGGGGGUGGUGUUCCUGGUGGUGGCGCGCCGCAGGCGCCGAUCCCACCCGCCGGGUACUCUAUGCCCCCAGGUCGUUACCCACAGCCACCUGCCCAUUUGGUUUCUGGACCGCGGGGGGACGUGGAACACGGGUUUCAGAACCACCACCAGCAGCACAUGAUGCCGCCUGGUGUGGUGCGCAACCCGAAUGAGAUGUAUGUAGCAAGGGAUGAUCGCCGCCUGAUGAUGCCGCCCGGUGCUGAUCCGCAUGGCUACCCUCCAUCCUCCUACCCCCAGGGACCGUAUGGAGGAAAUAUGGGACACGGAGUUGGCGACCAUCACGGCGGACACUCUCACAAAGGCCGACGAGAGGACGAAUUGCGGGAGCCAACCAACACCGUCUGGGUGGGGAACCUGGAUUUGCACGAGCACAAUGAAGACAUCUUGCGGCGUGAAUUUUCUGAAUUUGGAAGGGUCAUACGUAUUGCAAGGGUUCCAGAUAAGAGUUAUUGCUUUGUGCACUUCCGUUAUGUUGAGGAAGCUCGGAACGCCGUAGAGGCGCUCAGUGCACGGGGCUCUCUGGGAAGAGCACGCUUCAACUACGGUAAAAUGUUUGAGUACUCGCAGGAGGAAUUGGAGAUGUCCAGAGAAAGCAACAGUCACAGGUCCUCUCGCCGUGGACGUGAGGACGAUCGACACGACAAUGAUGACCGGCGUCGGCGACCCCGCCGUGACGAGGAACGAAUGGAACCCACCAAUGUUUUGUGGUUGGGCGAUUUGCCACAGACAGUCUCUAAUGAAGAGUUAAAUGAAAACUUCAAGAUGUUUGGUAAUAUUAAAACCAUUUCACGUUUGGAUAGUAGGAAUAUGGCGUUUAUUCAUUUUGAAACCGUUGAAGAGUGCACACAGGCGUUGGAUUUGAUGCGAGACCAGCCCAUUGGUGGAGCACGUGUGGUAUUAAACUAUGGUCGAGCGCAGCGUAACCCUGCUCCCGCUGAGGCGGGUUUGAGUUCAGAUGGUAUUCGACUUAAUGAAACCCCCACUAAUGUGGUGUACCUUGGACAGUUAGCUUCCGAUGUAAUGGAAGGAGACAUUGAGGAUUUAUUUGAGCCGUUUGAGGGGUUUAUUAACUCUAAAUUUAUUCAGUCUAGUGGUAUUGCCUUUGGACAUUUUGAUAGUAUCGAGCACGCACAUGUUGCCCGCGUUGCAUUGAACAAUGCCCUCUUGAAGGGCGCCCCGUUGCGUAUUAGUUUCGGGAAGAGUAACCAUUCUAUGACGAUGGCAGAUAGGAUGCGAAAGGGGAAACCUGCUCCGCUGGGUCAUCAUGAUGAGGGUAGCGACGCAAACGCGAUGGCGCCACCGUCCCAUGGGCUUAGCGGUGUCACCGGAGCGCUUGUGGCAGGCCCAGGGGCUUCCGCAACGGACGCUGGGACGAUGGUGUCGCUACCCGCCAUGGGGGUGAUGGUGGGAUCACAUGCUGCCCCACCGCCACCGACGUUUUUCACGCGGGAGCGUCCCAUUCCAGAGAUGACGCUUGACGCUCGGCUACAAUCUCUUCUUGGCGCCACCUACAACAACUGCGGUGAAGCAGACAAAGCACUGAGCCCCAGUGUUAUUCAAGCAAUUUGUGACCUCGCUGACGGGUGCGUUGAUGAGCAAACUGAGAAGCGGCUUGACGACACAAUUUUUCUCUACACACCUCUUAAUUCUUCUCACGUGUUCGGUAUCCUGGCUAAACGCAUGCAUGAUUAUUUUAACGAUGAUCCACACAAGAAGCUUCUCAUUCUUUACGCCGCUACUCGAGUCUUGCUUGGUGCAAAGACGGAGUAUCUUUUUUUUACCAAGGCGGCCCUUAACGCGUACCUAAUGACGCUAUUUGUUGCGAGCGAAGGGCAAACCCCGGGUGGGGUAGAGAUGCUCACGUCCAUCAUUGAAAACGUCCACCGAAACCCCUUUAUUGAGCGACAGCGACUGGAUGCGGAUUUCAUUGAGGUAUUUCGGGAGCAGCUGGAGGAGAUUCGGCGACGUGUAAAGGUGGAGCAGGAUCUGGCCUCACUGCUGACGAAAAGGAGGCGAAGGUGA